AUGCGGUGGUCUCCGAUUUCAGCAGCUCUACUGCUCGCUGCAAGCACUUUCGGUGGUCAAUGCGUCGGUGCCUCAGUUUCUUCAAGCGCAUGUGCUGGAAACACACCAGAGACCCGUGACCAAUGGUGUGACUUUGACAUCAGAAGUGAUUAUUACACGGAGGUCCCUGACACGGGGGUUCUUCGAGAGUACUGGUUGGUUCUCGGUAACACCACGGCUGCUCCUGAUGGUGUCCCUCGGAAUGUGUUGACCGUCAACGGCACAUCGCCGGGACCUACCCUGCACGCUAACUGGGGAGACUGGGUUCGUAUUCAUGUCUACAAUGGAUUGGAUAACAAUGGCACCAGUAUUCACUGGCACGGUGUUCGUCAGAACCAUACCAAUCCCCAAGAUGGCACCAAUUCCAUCACCCAGUGCCCUGUGCCUCCCGGUGGCUCGGUCACGUAUGAGUGGCGGGCAACGCAAUACGGCACUACCUACUACCACUCGCACUUUGCUUUGCAAGCAUGGGAGGGUAUUUAUGGUGGAAUCGUCAUCAAUGGCCCUGCGAGCGCGAAUUAUGAUGUGGAUGCUGGUAUCCUUUAUCUCAGCGACUGGUCCCAUCGCACGUCCGACGCUCUAUACUCCACGGCGGAAACCGACGGAGAGCCAACCCUGGCAACCGGAUUGAUGAACGCCACCAACAUCUGGCUCACAGAGAACAACCAGACCGUCGGCUCCCGCUUCAAUAUGAAUGUGACGUCUGGUCAAAGCUAUCGCCUUCGCCUGCUCAAUGGCGGAAUGAGCAAUCCUUUCCGCUUCAUGAUUGAUGACCACACCCUCACGGUCAUUUCGACGGAUUUUGUGCCCAUUGAGCCCUUCAACACGACUUCGCUCUUAAUUGGAGUUGGGCAACGAUAUGAUGUUAUUGUCCACGCAAACAAGGAAAGGCUGGGCUCUAACUUCUGGAUGCGCUCGAUUCCUCAAGAAUCUUGCGCUGAAAUCUCCAACUACGAUAUUAGAGGUAUUUUCCACUAUGAGACGCCGACCGGCAAGCUUGAAACCCCAACCACCACAGCUUUCAAUUACACAGACAGUUGUGAGGAUGAGUCCAUGUCCAAGCUUGUUCCGAGGGUCGCCAUUGAUGCCGCAGGAGUCGGGUAUAGCAGCCACAAUGAGGUCCAAGUUAUCAAGAACACUGCCGGCUUAUACAAGUGGUAUAUGGGCCCAACAACUUUCAUGGCUGAGUGGGACAACCCUACUCUUCUACAGAUUGAGAAUGGAAACACGUCCUGGACCAAUGCCUCCCAUGUGGUUCAGGUUGAAGGCAAUGGAAAGUGGGUGGUUAUCGAUAUUGAAAUGAGCAUCAAUGUUCCUCAUCCCAUCCAUCUCCACGGUCAUGACUUCUUCAUUCUCGCUCAGGAUAAAGGAAGUUACACAUCGAAUACCACCUUGAACACUGCCAACCCACCCCGACGUGAUACUGCUAUCCUGCCCGCCCUCGGAUACCUGGUCAUCGCUUUCAAGACCGACAAUCCCGGCGCUUGGCUCUUGCACUGUCAUAUUGGAUGGCACCAGUCUGAAGGCUUUGCCAUGCAGUUUGUGGAGAGCAUUGACCAGCUGAAGCCCAUGAUUGACGGCGAGUCGCUCGAGAAGAAUUGUGCUGCUUGGGACAGAUAUGCAACCCGGGAGCAUAUUGUCGAAGACGACUCUGGUAUUUAAGGAGGAUUACAUAUUGGGCUGAAAGUGCUUCGUUGCCAUGAGCGAUCCCACUUCAUGCCAGUGGGGGAGAUGGAUGCUCGGACACGCCGCUUGGCCUUCUCUGCACAUGUGAGAUCGAAAU